GGGUGGCCCGUUUGGCGCGGCAAACGUGGUAAGAAAGGGCUCGGAUGUGGACACCUUGCUGGAAUGGAUCCAGCACGCGCGGAUGCGAUGGCGCAUAUGCAUGGCAAAAGUGUCGCAAAUAGUAUGCAUUGCAAUACAAAUUGCGCCAAGAGGAAAAUGCAAUUUGUGAUGCUGCUAUCCCCUUGAAAGCCAUAGGUCUGUCGUGCAUGCCUGCGAUUAGUACACGUGCGAUACUUUAUUUGAACGGGAUACCGCAUGGAGGAAAGCAACACCCUGACCGGCGAGCCAUACACCGAAGGCUGGGUGUAUGGCGCUCUCAACUGUUACAUUCUCAACUGUUACGUAAAUUUGUAAUGCAAGAACGGCAAAAGUGAAAAGAAAGGGGGAAGAUUGCGCAUUUUGCAUUACAGAUUUGGCGCAGCUUUAAUUGCUGUUGAGCCCUUCGAACAUUUGUCAUGCGAAGCAGCUCGAUCAUCUGCCGGCUGCAGGCGCUUUUGCAUGACAAAUUCAUGUAACAGUUGAGAAUGUAACGUUUGAGAACGCCAUAGGGUGGGGUCAAGCGCGCCAGAUUUGGAACGAAAAUGGGGCCUGAUUCCCGCACUGAAGGCCGAGCAUUUGCCCGGAACUACCUCGAGCUCCGAGGGAAUAGAACUACCCGCUACCACGACGACCUCCAGUUCCUCGUCCACCACUGUUUCGAUAACCGCCCAGGACCUGCUGCGGAAAAAACUUCUUGCGAAAUUCGAAGACGAGGAUAAGCUCCACCUGUUCAGGUUCACCACCCAAGGGCAGAAAAUUUCCAAAAUCGCGUUUGCGACGAGGAGUAGAGAAGGACCAGCAGGCGCGGGCACGGGCAACAUGGGCAGCGACAACUUUUAUACCAAGCCAGUGGUCCGUCAGCCGGAUCUGCUCCUCCACCCAAUGGCAAUGGAGUAUAACCUGCAAAGGGAGUGGGAGGAGGAAAAGCUGCGGUACAAACAACUUUAUGGAGUGCAAAAGCAUCGUGCUCGUACUUUAAUUCGCAGUAUUGCAUUAACACAGGUCCUCUAGGCUCUUAUCUGAAUCAGCGUGACAGAAGAUUUCAUUUUGUGCUUGGAGGACAAAUUUGUCAUGCAAUUCACACCCACACGAGUGAGUGCGAUCAUGCUUUUGUAUUGCAUGAACCUUCCACCCCCACGAUUAAGACACAGCUGAAGUUCUGGGAGGCGAUCAACCGGGAGAUCCCUUUGGAAGCGGGGCUGCUACGCGUCGCUUUGUUGCACUACGAGCAGACCAGCGAGGUGACCGUCUCAACUGUGCCGAUGGUACCUCGAAUGCGGGACUCGAGUUUGGAUUUGGACAUGGGCAAGUUGGGGUUUUUGCAAGACAAAUUGAUAAAGAACAAUAAGAAUCGCCACCCGGACGGCCCUGCAGAAGUGCCAAUUGUUGGCGACAUGAAGAAGGAGCAAGCAGCUCAAGCUGUUAGUACUACUUCUGUCGCAAGAACCUCGUCUCUGGAAACCCGCAUGACAAGCAAAUCCACUUACUUUCACCCGUAUCCUGUGCAAAAGUAGCGUGCUCGAAAAUCGUGCAACGCAAAUCUCUUUCUUGAGGUGGACCCGCAUUACAAAUUCUGUUUCUCAUCAUGCUGAGCAAACUUGUCAUGCGAGUUCUACUCGUGUGCGAUCAUGCUUUUGCAUUUGAUGACCCGACCCGCGACAACCCGGACGACCGCUUCGGGGACGACGCAGAUAUCUACGCAAAGUACGGGGUAUGCAUUGCAAAAGCAUCGUACUAGUGGAAAUCGCAUCACAAAUUCGGUCAGCAUGACAAGUGGAAUUUGUCAUGCUGUUUUCCCUUGGGAUGGAGAUUUGUAUAUGCAUGAUUGCAAUUACUACGGGUACGAUGCUUUUGCACAGGUGGAUACGGGGCACAUCGGUACGCGAUGGCGGAGGAAACCACGACGAAAUACCGCGUCGAGCAGCAGCUGAUGGAGGUGCGGAAGAAUUUCGACCAGAUCGGGAGUAUUAUGAAGGAGGAGGAAAAGUCAAGAAUCAUCGACCUGGCCCGGAACAAAAUCGCACCGCCCGCGACGAUGAUGUGGGGACAUGUGUUAUUGAAGGUGAACAAAACGUCCCCACCCGCCCAUAGUCCAGAUGGCGAAUCUGCAACACAAAUCCACAAGUUUUGGCUGUUGCGCAUGACAAGCGUUGGUGCGUAGUUUCGCCCUGUUUAUUAAAGCUAGUGCAGCCACUACAUGAGAAACCGUCGAUAAGCUUAUCCUGAUUCUAGCAUGUGCAUGACUAGCUCCCAGAUAGCAUUAGAAUAAUGCUUUUCAUGUUGUGGCCGCGCAUGAGAAACAUUUGUAGGCAUGCCGUUUUGAUGAUGCUGCAUGACAACUCUGCGGUGGAGGUGGUGACGUUUUUACUCAGGACACUUCUGUGGCGGCGCCGCCGAUGCCUUCCACAUUCAGAGCACGGAAAUCUCCCAGAAAAUCUUCGAACAGUUGAACAUCACUUGGGUCUCCGCAGGGGGUUUUAUCCACAAAAAAACAACCAUCCCCAUCCAAUUUGUCAUGCGAAACAUGCAUGAAAUUCAGUAUUUUUCAUGCAAAAAUGGAUCAUGGGGGUGGUUGUUUUUUUGUGGAUAGGUUCGCUGAUCCAAAAGUUACGGUACGGGGGCAGGAGUUUCAUGCACUUGGUCCGGGAUCUAUGCAAUACAAAUUUCCCAUACAUGUACAAGAUGCAUCACAAAUUUCACCAAUUUGGAGCGUAAACUUGUCAUGCUAAACUAGGAUCGAAGCAAAGUUUUGUCAUGCGGGGACCGCAUUUGUACGUGUACAGGAAAUUUACUGUGGAUAGGAUCUGGUGGCCUUUGACGGAGAUGAUAGCAGUGGUUCGAGGACGUCGUCAGGACAAGCAGCCACGACUGGAGAUGUUGACGUCCAGCAGGAGGAUGAUCCCGCUAAACUCCUUGCACCACGACCUCCUGCAGGAGCUCCUGAGGACGCACAUCAAGAAGAUCUCACCGAGAAGAAACGACUGCGAAAGCUCCUGGAGGACGAAGUUUUGGAGUACCUGGCAGAGCGGAGAGUCAGGAAGCUGCUGCACAAGGGAAUACAAGCGCUGGAGAAGAAGCGGAAACAGGAGCAGAAAGAGGCGCUCGACGGUAAGUUUGACGUGUUGCUCGAUGAGGAAAGUGACCCGGCGCUGUUGUUCCAGAAAGUGAUGGAGAACUGGGGAACUACAAGCAAAAAUGAAGGGGGAGUCAUUGCCGAGGAUCUACUACUCAGUGGUCCCACGACAUCUAGUACUUCAGCUUCACGACCCGCAUCAGAAAUUCUCGCCUCCGCGAAGCAGAAAGCAAUGAAAAUUCUCCCGGCUUUAUCACAAGAAAAAAGUGUAUACAGUUACACAUUGUGUUGCAGGGCAAGCAAGACAGACCAGCUCUGUCAUACCGGAUACGCAUACAGUCCUCGUUUCAUAGGUGUUUUCCAGUAGGAAUCCUGCAUUACAAGUUUUCUCACUCAUGCAGAGAAAUUUGUGUUGCUGAAUUGACUACAAGUGUGUAACUGUAACACUUUUUUCCUGGGAUAGGCUUUGGAGGUGGAAUCCGCGCCCUUGAAGUUCUCAAGUGCGCUGCAGGGUAGUUUCUUAUGCAUUGCAAAAGUAUCGCACUCGUGGUCGUGUAAAUCUAAAUGCCAGUCUUGCAUGACAGAUCUGGUUUCUUACUCUAUUCACCAUGACAAACUCCAUUUCUUGUCAUGUCCAGAAAAUUUGUGAUGCGAUUUACAUAUGGUACGAUUUUGAUACAAUUUUUGCAAUGCAUAUUUCUUUCCCUCCAGCGAAACCGCAGACACAGUGGAGGAUUUGUACGGCAUAGCGGCAGCGGUCGUACCGCCCUCUGAGGAGCAUGAUAUCGCUUCGUCUGGAGGUGCACCACCUACUGCAGAGCAGCAAAAACUACGAACGACGAGCGCACCAGCGUCAACAUCAUCUUCACUCGAGGAGCAAUAUAAUCAGCAGAGUGAGGAAGAAGCUGCAUUUAUCGCGGACAAUCAGAUGAUGAACGAAGGAACAGGGAGAGGAACAGAAACUACAAGAAAACACGACCACGGAACUGCUUCUACAGUGUCAGUGUCAGAAACUACCACUCCCCCUCCCCCUCCCCUCCGUUAUUCCGAACGGCUGUGGGCACUGGGGCGGUAUUGGUGGAGUAACGAAACCGAUCCUGCGUUCGAUGAAGUAAUACUAGACAGCAGCGCUUCCGGUUCUGCAGUGCAGGAAGCCGACAACCUACUAGAAUCCGACAUCACAGCCUUCCACCACCUCCUCCGCCUUCUAGUGGAAAGCUUCAACGAAAAGGACAACCAAAACAGGCUUCAAGCGAACAACACAGCGGGAAGAGCGACAGAUGAGACUAGCACACACGUCGCUCCGAACACCAAACCUAAGCCGUUCACGACCUUCCUGGACUUUCUUGAAAACCCUACUAACAAUCUGUACCCCAAUUUCGCCAAAAACAUCCGCAACCACGAACACUACCACAAGGACUGGCUGCUCCGAUUCUUUCUCGGAAGCGAAGCGCUGAACCGGAAUUUUUACCAACAGAAAUUCCGGGUCCACAAUGAUGGCCAGGCGGAGCAGCGCGAGGACGAGAAAGUGCCGGCGGGGGAAGAUGUCGACGUGUUUGUCGUGUUUGACUCGGAGAAGGAUUACUUGCAGAAGCUGAAAAAACUCGAAUCGUUGUUUUUCACCAACGGCUUCGCGUGCACUUUUGUGGACGAAAUUAUCCUCCCGUACUACACGAAGAAAAACUCCCACUGGCUCGUCGGCAACCCGGAAAAAGGCGCGGUACCCGCGUCUUUAUUCACGCUGAUGGUGUAUUCGCCCGAGCCUUUGUUGCAGGUGGGGCGGAUGCUAGACGUCGGGGCGAACGGGUUGGAUGUUGACGGAGUGACGGUGAAAAGGGUGGAAGAGGUACUGGAAAGCUACGGGUUUAAGAAUCCGAAAGAACGAGCCCAGGCCGCCGAUGUUGGGGACGAGGAGCCUCCGGAAGAACAAGACGUAGACGAUCACGAUGAAGAACUCAACAGGUUCGAAUCCGCAAUGAAACAACAGGCAUAUCAUGGAAACGACCACGAGCAGGAACAAGGAGGCUUCAAACUACGUGGCUACGGUUUAAACAGUGACAGCGAUAGCGAACCGCAGUCAGAAAGCGAGUUUUUGGCUAGCACGGGUAGUACUAGCACCAGUAACGGCAAUUACGGAGCGGAAGCUGACGCAAUGCCAUCGUCGUCCAGUUCGUCUGGUGCAGCUUCUUCCUCUGCCCAGAAAAAGAAGCACAACUACCUGAAAAUGCGGUUUUUCCGCCCGGAAGGUCGUCGCUGGGACAGCAUUUUGGAGGGGGUCGCGGGGUACGAUAGCUUCGGGUGUAAGCGGGUACCCUCGAAUUAUGCGGUUCAGCACAAACACGUGGUGGAAACGUGGGAGAUAUGAAUUGCAAAAGUAUCGUACUAGUAGCAAUUGCAAUACAAAUUCGCUCAGCAUUACAAAUGGAAUUUGUCAUGCCGAUUUGCCUUGGGAAAGAGAUUUGUAAUGCAUGAUUGCGAUUACUACAAGUACGAUACUUUUGCACAGGAUAGGAGAAGAACCCGAACGACACCACCACGGGACACAACACGAGUUUUGAACUCUUCCCCUGGGACCCCCGGCACUACUGGGAGCAGCAUGCCCAUCCCUGGACGGGGGAUUACGGAUUUUUGUGGACCAAGGAUUACUUUUUGCACGUGCAUGUGUUGAUCAAACACGUCGCAUCUUCUACUGCUUCAUCAGAUAAAGGCGCAACAAAUCCUGGUGAUGAUAAAACAGCUGGUGCGGAUGAUUUUCAAGCGGAAGUGGACAGUGGGAAGAAGAAGGAUGAGGAUCAUCAGUCGCCGCCGUCCAGCACGAGCUCCACCACGCCCUCGCCAUUAAAUUCUUAUCCAGGAUCAGCAUCACAAGAUGAAAAUGAAAGUACCUCCUCCAUUAUCAAGAACAGCACAUCAAACUACAACCUUUUACAAGACUACGCGUACGUUCCCAACACGCAAGUUUGCUUCGAGGAAGAGGACCUGCAAACGGGGCCGAAAAACUUGAUCAAAAUGUUCAAUAUCAACUGCAAAAAUGUCUGGGUCUGGAAGAAUGCGCGACUUGUCAUGCUGCUUUUCCAUGACCCAUAAGGUCUGGAAUGCAGGACCUAGCAUGACAGAUUCUGCGAGACCUUUCUAAUGCUUAUCCUGCAUGAGAAACUACUUCCAGAGUUGGCCAAAACUGGACGGCUUUUGGCAAUCAUGCAACGCAGAUUUUUGCAUGCUAUAGAUUUAGCAUGACAAGUUGCAAUCUUCCAGACCCAGACAUUUUUACACGUUGAUAUUCAAAAACCCGAAGCAUUUUCGGCGGACCGCAGACGUAGCGGAGACUCUGGAGGAGUAUGCGAGGAAGGAGUGGAGGACCACUACAGGGGCGCGCCGGGGAGGCGGUGAAGUAGACGAAGAGGAACAGCAGAACAUGAACAAGGAUGAAAGGAGUCCUCGCGACGUGUUGACUCCAUCGGGCAUGAAAAGCACCAUCUUCGACAGGUACGGGCCGCGCAAAACAACAGGCAGCACGCUGAACUCCCGCCCACAAGCGUUUUCAACAUCAGGACCUCCGUCUCCAUCAACAUAUCCGUCCAGCGAUUUGGAUACAAGUUCCAACUCUACCUAUGAAACAAGAAAUCCGGAUCAUGCGCCCUCUGCCACGGUGCAUCAUCAAGUAGACCCGCAGGUAAAAAUCAACAGGACCAACCGUGUCUGUUUCAUCUCUACACCGGAUCCAGAAAUGGAAGAGGAACAUUUCGGCGGGUUGCACAACCGCUUGUUGCGAACGAGCUACGGGUUAAUACCACUGAAAAAGAUGGCCGGCGGCGGCGCGGAUAGGGAAGAUACAAAAACGUCGACUACAAAGCAGUGCAAGUACCACCACACGACGUCGAACUGCCCGGAAGACCCGGAAUACAUGCUCCAUACCCUGCUACACGGGGUCGAUAGCGAGAAAACGUGCCUGGGGUUACCGUUGAAGGAGAAGUGGGACUUGUUCACAGAGUUUGAUUGGGAACUGUUGAAGUACUCCAUUCUGAAAUUGGAACGCGAGGGAUACUAUGAACUGCAAAAGUAUCGUACUCGUAGGAUUGCAAUACAAAUUAGCUCAGGAAGAGAAAUGGAAUUUGUCAUGCUGAUUUAGCUUGAAAAUAAAAGAAAUCUGUCUUGCAUGACUGCGAUUAGUACGAGUACGAUACUUUUGCACAGGAUAGAUACCAAUCCAUGGCGCCGCUGAUCAGAAAUAACGAGAAAUGCAGGGAGAUGCUAAGGGAGAGGGGGUGGAGUCUGUGACGUAUUUAUGAAUUUUUGCACUGUAAGUGUAAUGGGAUAGAAGAAGUUGAAGUUCUUGUGAGUAGUUUCACACGAAGAAAAGCCAAAUCUUAGUAGAAAAAGAAAUGAUGAUGAGGCGACUACUGUAACCCAAAAGACAAAGUAAAAAGAGGUCUGGAAUGUAUGUAUGGAUCAAGAUGAAGAUGCAGAUGUUGGACUGAUUAAGGCUAAAUUUACGGUUUGUUGUCUACCAUGAUUACCAUUACGAUUACACCUUUAGCGUUAGAUGAAUUAGUUGACGAGGACGCUAGCGAAAUGUAAUAGCUGCGUGUGACGAGGAAGCAAUGAGACGCCCACGCGGCGAAUGGACGUCUUCAGUGUGGCAAAAGUGCACGAAUGUCCUUCGAACUAUUUUUUCAAUAAUAUCAACGCCACAGAGACAGAU